AUGACUCUCAUCGGAGGCGUCCGCAUCCGCCUGCAGACGCCUGGCGGCGCUGCUGCGUCGCCGCGAGUAGCAGAGAGGCUGCGACACGCCCGCGUCGUGGUCGGCAACCACGUGACGCAGUUCGACAGCCUAUUCCUCCGCGUGUGGUGCGGCGGCAGCCUCGCAGUUCCCGUACGAGAGACGUACGCCAAGAGCGGGUGGCUCCUGCUUCACCUCACUCGCAUGGUGGUGUCGCCAAUCUGGACACCGCCGCCCGCCAGCCACGCGAGCGGCUCCACCGAGCCCUUUGGUCGUGCCGCACGCGUGCCGUCGGCUCCCGGUGCCCGGAGGGAGCGGGAGGGCCGCGCCGCCGUCGAGGGGGCGCUCCGCCGCCACCUGCGCCGGGAGGGCGAGCCGCACGAACCGCUACUCAUCUUCCCCGAGGGAUCCAUCACCAACGGGGCGGGGCUGAUGCGCUUCGCGAGAGGCGCUUUUCGCCUCGGAGAGGAGGUGCAGCCUGUUGCGCUGCGCGUGACGUGCCCGCUGCCUCUCGCGCACGACACGCUCACCUCUUCGCUGCCUCGAAACUUUGCGCGCGCCCUCUUCCAGCCGUGGCACGUCGCCGAGGCGCUCAUCGCGGCGGAGCUCGGCGUGCCGGCGACGCGGUGGAGCUCGGCCGACAAGGCAGAGCUCAAGCGGAGGGAUCCCUAUGGCGAGGAUGACGGCUUUUAA